GAGCAGAGGAUAGGGCCGUGGCUUCAUUGUCCCAAGUUGGUGCAUGAAGUUGGUGCUUACAGGACCUUAGAACCAAUUGUUGCUGUUCUUGGUUCGAGGUACCAUGAUCUGGUAUCUCGCUAUAAAUGUUUGAACGGUUAUAAUUAUCGUACGAUCUGAUGGAAGUCGCUUUAAAUCUAACCGCAUUCGUCAGUAGUAAGCAAAAUCUUUACAUUCUGCCAGUCUUCUUUCAUUAUACAGAUAUCUAUCACCGCAUAGUACAUUCAAUCGAUCCAAAGCAACUUUCGUCGGAUCGUACGAUAUUCUGGAGAGCUCAUCAGCUCUCUCACAACAUCUCGAAAAACCCUCACGACAUAACACAGGAUGUUGACCCAAAUUCAACUCGCGUUUUUCAUUGCUGCACUCUUCGUUGUAUACACCUCCUUCCUACAGGCUCGGUUGUAUCUCAAACGCCGCCAAUUCGCAAAAAGCCAUGGAUGCCUCGAGCCAAGAUGCAAAGUUCCAUUGAAAGAUCCCGUGCUGGCGCUUGACUUUGUAUGGAAGACAUUACAGAACGCAAAAAGCGAUAGAUACCUAGAAGGAACAUACGAACGUUUCCAACAAUAUGGGUCGACGUUUACAGCCAAGCAUCUUCACUACCCCACCAUCCACACCACUGAGCCGGAAAACAUCAAACACAUCCUCGCUACAGCAUUCGACGACUUCAAGUUCUCCAGCUUCCGAGUCAAUGCGAUGAUUCCAUUGUUUGGCAAAGGUAUCUUUACUAGCGAUGGUGCUCGUUGGAGCCAUUCGAGGGCGGUGCUGAGACCAAGUUUUGCAAGACAUAACAUGACUGACCACCUCCCUUUCAUGGAGUCACAUGUCGACCAGCUUAUCAAGGCAAUCCCGAAAGAUGGAUCUGUUGUCGAUUUGCAGAAGCUUUUCUUCGCCUUUACCAUGGACACAGCAACGGAAUUCUUGUUUGGGCAUUCAGUUCAUACACUGUACAACAUGCAACUGGGCAAUGACGCUGUGGCAGAUGACUCGGAUGCUAAUUUUGUUGAUUCCUAUACGUACGCGUGUCUUGACAUCGUACAUAACAUUCGCCUGGGAGCCCUUUCCAAACUCCGCUACAGCCCCAAGGCCAAACAAGCACAGAAGCGAGCUUUCGCUUACAUCGAUCGGUUUGUGGACGAAGCGCUCGCUCUUCGUAACUCAAGCAAAAGCAGUCGUGCAGACGAGACAUCAAAAUACAUCUUCCUCAACGAAUUGGCCAAGGAGACUGGUGAUCGAAUCGAACUUCGAGAUCAAAUUUUGAACGUCCUUCUGGCAGGUCGAGAUACGACGGCCAGCCUAUUGAGCAACACGUUUUGGGAACUCGCUCGACAUCCGGACAUCUACGCUAAGUUGAGGGACGAGGUAGCUUUUUUGAACGGUAGGGAGCCGACCUAUGAGGAAUUGAAGGAUAUGAAGUACCUGAAGUUCUGUCUUAACGAGUCGCUUCGUCUACGUCCUGUGGUUCCUGCUAAUACGAGAGAGGCUAUCCGAGAUACUAUAUUGCCACGGGGAGGCGGAGAAGAUGGUUGUUCGCCAAUGUUUGUCAAGAAAGGUACACACGUCUAUUAUAGUGUUUGGUCUAUGCACCGACGAGAGGAGUUCUUCGGGAAGAAGACGGAAGAGUAUAUACCAGAGCGAUGGGAAGGCCUGAAGUUGGGAUGGGAAUUCCUGCCGUUCAAUGGAGGACCCAGGAUUUGUCUUGGUCAACAAUUCGCUUUGACCGAGGCCUCCUAUCUUACAGUCAGAUUGCUCCAGAAGUUCUCUCGCAUCGAGGCUCGAGAUUCGCGGCCAUGGACUGAGCUGUACACUUUGGUUGCUUACUCGAAGCAUGGGACUUUGGUGUCUCUCACCCCAGCUUGA